AUGACUUUAUUAACUGUUGCUGUUGGUGAGGCCAAACCAGGUGAAACUGCACCAAGAAGAAAAGCUGCUCAAAAAGAUGGAUCCCUUGACCGUCCAACCGACUGUAAAGGAACCACUAUUCCUGAAUUUAUCGAAGAAUGUUUUAAAAGAAAUGGUAACAAGAACGCCAUGGGUUGGAGAGAUUUGAAGGAGGUUUACGUUGAAACCAAGGAAAUUACCAAAAAUAUUGAUGGCGAAACCAAAAAAAUUUCCAAAGAUUGGACUUAUUAUGAAAUGGGUCCUUACCAAUACAUCAAAUAUCCAGAAUUGUUGACCUUGAUCAAAAACUACUCCAAAGGUUUGAUUGAAUUGGGAUUAAAGCCAAACCAACAAACAAAAUUGAUGGUUUAUGCUUCCACUUCUCAGAAAUGGUUACAAACAUUUUUAGCUUCAACUUUCCAAAACUUGCCCAUUGUUACUGCUUAUGAUACUCUUGGUGAACUGGGUUUGACGCACUCCUUGGUUCAAACUGACGCUGAUGCCGUCUUUACCGACAAUGCCCUUUUGAAGACCUUGCUCAACCCAUUGAAAGAAGCCAAGAAUGUCAAGUACAUCAUCCACACUGAACCAAUUGAUCCUAAAGAUACGAGAAAAAAGGGUUUGAUCUACAAGGAAGCUCAGGAUGCUAAAGAUGCAUUGUUGAAAGUUAACCCCAACUUGAAGUUUAUUUCUUAUUCUGAUGUCAUUGAAUUGGGAGCUAAAUCAAGCAACGAAUUACAUUUGCCAACUGCUCAAGAUUUGGCCUGUAUUAUGUACACUUCCGGUUCAACAGGUGCCCCCAAAGGCGUGUCUAUAACCAAUGCCAAUAUUUUGGCUGCUGUUGCCGGUAUUUCAACCAAUGCUGGUAGAGAUGUUGUUGGUGAGGGAGACUCAGUCAUUGCGUUUUUACCAUUGGCCCAUAUUUUUGAAUUGGCAGUGGAGUGUCUCACCUUGUGGUGGGGUGUACCAUUGGGAUAUGCCAAUGUCAAGACCUUGACCGAAACCUCUUGCAGAAACUGUCAAGCUGAUUUGGCUGAAUUUAAACCAACUAUUAUGGUUGGUGUUGCUGCUGUUUGGGAAUCGGUGCGUAAGGGGGUUUUGGCUAAACUUAAUAAAGCGCCAUUUCUUCAACAGAAAUUGUUUUGGGCUGCGUUCAACUAUAAAACAACCAUGAAUAAGUCGCAUAUACCCGGUGGUGGAAUAUUUGAUUUCAUAUUCAAAAAGGUCAGAGCUGCCACUGGUGGCCGUGUAAGAUACACUAUGAAUGGUGGAUCGCCAAUUUCCAUUGAUGCCCAAACUUUUGUUGCCACAUUGAUUGCUCCAAUGUUGUUGGGAUACGGAUUGACUGAAACAUGUGCCAUGGGUACUCUUGUUGAACCUAAACAUUUUGAAUUGGGCACCUUGGGAAGCUUGGUUGGUUCAGUAACUGCUAAAUUGGUUGAUGUCCCAGAUGCUGGUUACUAUGCCAAAAACAAUCAAGGAGAAAUUCUUUUGAAGGGUGGUCCAGUGGUUAAAGAGUACUACAAGAAUGAAAAGGAAACAAAGGAAGCAUUCACUGAAGAUGGAUGGUUCAAGACGGGUGAUAUUGGUGAAUGGCAACACGAUGGAGGAUUAAAGAUUGUUGACCGUAAAAAGAAUCUUGUCAAGACCUUGAAUGGUGAAUACAUUGCUUUGGAGAAGUUGGAAUCAGUUUACAGAUCGAACCAAUUAGUGAUGAAUUUGUGUGCUUAUGCCGACCAAACUAAAGUCAAGCCCAUUGCCAUCGUGGUGCCACAAGAGAGCUUUUUGCAACAAUUGGGUUUCGGCACCGAUACUGCUUAUGACGAUCCUAAAUUGGUAGCUAAAGUUACUGCCAGCUUGAAUGCCACGGGUAAGUCACAAGGUUUGAAUGGUAUUGAGUUGUUGCAGAGUGUUGUUCUUGUUCAUGAUGAAUGGACACCGGAAAAUGGAUUUGUGUCGAGUGCUCAAAAGUUGCAGAGAAAGAAGAUUUUGAAGACUUAUGAGGAUCAAGUUAAGAAGGCUUAUGGAGAUGCUUAA